AUGCCUAUGUCCACCCUAAAGCCCUGCCGUCAGCUCAACGCUCCAAACUCAGCCUGCGCUGCAGGACGCCCUGCGCAGUCUCCGGCCCUGCGCGUCCUUCACCAAGGACUGCGGGUGAAGCGGGGCGGGUGCCUCGGCCUUAGGACAAAGAGACUCAUGGAGCCAUUGCCAGCCUCAGAGUCAGAGCGGGGCCAGCCUGGAGGUCCCAGCACCACAAGCCCCCUCAGAUUCCCGGAGCAGUCCACUGAGAGAAGCUCAAGGAAAGCAAGAUGGAAGCCCACGGCCAAAGAUGCUUUCAAAGACAUUUCCAUAUACUUCUCCAAGGAAGAAUGGACAGAGAUGGGAGACUGGGAGAAAAUCCGAUACAGGAAUGUGAAAAGGAACUAUGAAGCGCUGAUGACUAUAGGUCUCAGAGCCCCUCGACCAGCUUUCAUGUGUCACCGCAGGCAGGCCAUCAAACCCCAAGUAGAUGACACUGAGGAUUCCGAUGAAGAAUGGACGCCAAGGCAGCAAGUCAGACCUUCUUGGGUGGCAUCCAGAGUGGAUCAGAAUAAACAACACAAGGGAACCCACAGAGUGCCAUUAAGUAAGGAAUCUAGUUUGAAGGAAUUCUCAGAAACAGCAAAGUUGCUGAACACAAGUGGCUCAGAGCAGGGCCAGAAACCAGUGUCCCUUCCUGGAGAAGCAAGUACCUCUGGACAUCACUCUAGACGAAAAUUGGAGCUCAGGAGAAAGGAGAUUGGAGUGAAGAUGUAUAGUCUACGAGAAAGAAAGGGCUUUGCAUACCAAGAGGUCAGCGAGCCCCAGGAUGAUGACUACCUCUAUUGUGAGAAGUGUCAGAAUUUCUUCAUUGACAGUUGUGCUGUUCAUGGGCCCCCUACAUUCGUAAAGGACAAUGCAGUGGGCAAGGGGCAUCCCAACCGCUCAGCCCUCACUCUGCCCCCUGGUCUGAGAAUCAGACCAUCGAGCAUCCCUGAGGCUGGGCUUGGAGUAUGGAAUGAAGCAUCUGAUCUGCCACUGGGUACACACUUUGGCCCCUAUGAGGGCCAGAUCACAGAAGACGAAGAGGCAGCCAACAGUGGAUACUCCUGGCUGAUCACCAAAGGGAGAAACUGCUACGAGUAUGUGGAUGGAAAGGAUAACUCUUGGGCCAACUGGAUGAGGUAUGUGAACUGUGCCAGGGACGAUGAGGAGCAGAACCUGGUGGCCUUUCAGUAUCACAGGCAGAUCUUCUACCGAACCUGCCGGGUCAUCAGGCCAGGCUGUGAACUGCUAGUCUGGUACGGGGACGAGUACGGCCGGGAGCUGGGCAUCAAGUGGGGAAGCAGGUGGAAGAGCGAGCUCCAGAACCACAGCGAGACAUCCAUCGAUGUCCCUCCUGCUCGCUGGCCUUCUCCAGUCAGAAAUUCCUCAGCCAACAUGUGGAAUGCAAACACUCUUCUCAGAGCCUCCCACAAAUAUCUGCAAGAAAGCAUUUCCAACCAGAGAAUCCCUGCCCAGGUGAUCAGAAUCAGCAGCAGCAGCAACAUUCUGAUCCACACAGCUGGAAUGACAAAGCAAAAUGUCAAGAGGUCAAAGAAAGAUCCAGACCUUUGCUUAAAAGUAUAA